UCAGGCUCCAGCCUGCGUCCCUCUUGCUCCCGGCCCUGCCCCCGGCCCCGCCCCGUGGCUCCAGCCCCGCCUCGCCGCCUUUCUCGGAGACCAAGGCCAGAUUCGCCACAAACGGCCCGACCACUCCGGAUCCCGAAUAUCGCGUCUUCCGUCUACCGAAACUCAACUCUAAGAUGGAGGUGCUAGAGAAGCCAUGUGGGGUGGCCAGGGGCUCUUCUGAGUCUCAGAGAAUGGCCUCUCGAGACUCAGCAGACGGGCGGGGAUCUGUGGCGAAAGUGCAGCUUGACAGCGCCGAGGCGCCGAGUUUACCCUGCGCAGACGCCGUCGCCGCCGCUGCCGCCGCCGCCGCCGCUGCCACUGCCUUUGCCGCCACGGUCUCCGCCGCCGCCGUCCCCGCGCUGCCUCCGGGAGGCUCCAUUGUUUCGGCCGUGUCGGGUCCCGAGGCCGGACAACCUAGUGGCUUUCGAAACGGGCGGCGGCCGACAGAGUUGAGACACCAGGGCGCCGGCGGGACCGGGAGCGGCAGGGGUCAGCGCGGGAAUCCGGGGAGCCGGGGCCAGAACGUGGGGCGGCAGGGGGCCGGGGUGGCGAGAUCUGCGGUCUCCGGAGUUGGGGCUCUCUCUCCCCGGCCCGUCUUUCCCCGCCGGCCUCCCCAAGUGGGGUCGGAGCCCCGGCGGGCGCCCCCGGCGAUGAGCCCGGACUCGAGGUGGCCGGUAAGUGCGGGCCUGGGACCAGGGCGGGAGUGGCCAGCGGGAGAGGACUAG